AUGGGUUCGUGUGUAAGCUCAGAGCAGGGUGACCCUGAGCAAAAGAAGAGGAGCCAGGCGAUCGAUCGCAAGCUGGAGGAGGAUUCUAGGCGAUUACGGAGAGAGUGCAAGAUUCUACUGCUUGGGUCCGGAGAAAGUGGGAAAUCGACGAUUGUCAAGCAAAUGAAGAUCAUUCAUCAAAACGGCUACACAGUGGAGGAGCUGGCGUUGUAUCGCCUGACGGUCUGCAAGAAUCUCCUAGAUUGCGCCAAGUCCCUUGUAGGAGCUUAUCACCAGUUCUCCCUCGAGCCCUCGAGCCAAAAAGUCCGUGACUACGUACAAUACAUUUCAGACUACAAUAUCGACCCUGACCCGCACACAACGUUGGAUACGAAGGUAGGGGAGGCAAUAACGUAUAUCUGGAAUGACCCGUGCACAUCCACAGUAUUGGAACAUCAGAACGAGUUCUACUUGAUGGACUCUGCUCCAUACUUUUUUGAGGAAGCAAAGCGAAUCUCAUCUGCAGAUUUCAUACCCAAUGUAAAUGAUGUGCUUCGCGCCCGAACGAAGACUACCGGUAUCUAUGAAACUAGGUUUACGAUGGGCCAACUGAGCAUACACAUGUUUGAUGUGGGUGGCCAGCGCAGCGAGCGAAAGAAGUGGAUCCAUUGUUUCGAGAAUGUCACCUCCAUUAUAUUCUGUGUGGCAUUGAGCGAGUACGAUCAAGUGCUUUUGGAAGAGAGUAAUCAGAAUCGAAUGAUGGAGAGUCUGGUGUUGUUCGAUUCCGUAGUUAACUCUCGAUGGUUCAUGCGAACGAGUAUAAUCCUGUUCCUGAAUAAGGUCGAUCUGUUCCGCCAAAAGCUCCCUCGGUCACCCUUGAGCAAUUACUUUCCUGAUUACUCCGGCGGUAAUGACGUGAACCGCGCUGCCAAAUAUCUGCUAUGGAGGUUCAACCAAGUUAACCGAGCACAUCUGAACCUCUAUCCCCACUUGACACAAGCCACCGAUACAACCAACAUCCGCUUAGUAUUCGCUGCGGUAAAGGAGACGAUUCUACAAAAUGCUUUGAAGGAUUCAGGUAUCUUGUAG